AUGUUGUCCACCUUUGAUGCCGUCCCCAAUCGAUCUGGGUCGUCUGGCUCCUCGUCAUCCACAUCCACCUUGACGCCAUGGCCUUCCCGGCGCAACCAUGUCUCGAGGGCCUGCAACUGGUGCCGCGUCCUGCGCAUCAAGUGCGACAGCAACAUGCCAUGCCGUAACUGUCGCAGCCGUGGACGAUCCUGCACCAAGAAGCGCUCAGUCGAGCCUCGGACCCUGCCGCAUGCCAUAAUGGAGAUUGAGCGGCUUCGUCAACGGGUGCACCAACUGGAGCAGAGAUUGGCCAGUCAAAACCCCCAAGCAAAGUCCCCAAGCAGUAACAGAGUAAGCUGGGAAGGGAUUCUCACCCGCAGCGGCCACUCGUCCCAAGCCCAGUGGUACGGACUUUCCUCUGCCUUUUAUUUUAUCGGUCGCAUGAAUGCCUAUCUAGGCGCGGUUCUCGGACAACCCCAGGAUGAGCGUCAGCUGCAGCCCAACUCCGCCAGUCGCACCUUCACCAAUCCCAUCUCCGCCCAACGAGAUACCACCGAUGGUUUACCGGCACCAGGGAUCGCCGACAAUCUGGAGUCGGGCAACUACUUGACCGGCAUGCAGGAAGAUUACUUUCUAGACCUCUUCUGGCAGUCAUACCACCCAACAUAUCAGAUACUCGACGAGAGGGAUUUUCGAGAACACUAUAGGUCUUUGUGGGCCGAGUCAUCCACACGUCGACAAUCCUCCGCCCUGGUCGACAUUAUCCUAGCGCUCUGUAUGCAGUACGGGCUUGCCUGUGCACCUCGUGGAGAGGGAUCUUCUGUUUCUCACCCUGGCAGCGUGGACGUUAACGACGCAAGCAUCGCGGGGCGACAAUACUAUCGCCGGUCGCAGACACUGCUAAUGUCGGAGCUGGAAAGUCCAUCCAUCGCCACCUUGCAAUGCCAUAUUUUCUCUGUCGUCUACUUGUGUAAUGCUUCGUUUCAGAACAUGGCUCAUACCACAUUAGCGCUAGCAGUGCGCACCGCCCAUAUUCUCGGGCUGCACCUGGACCCACCUGAGGACUUGCCACGCCCCCAGCAGGAGCUGCGCAGACGGAUCUGGUGGACCUUGUAUACGGUUGAGAGCAAAACUUGCAUGAAGCUUGGUCGCCCAUGGUCGGCACCGGAUGUGGUCGCAUCAUGCCAGCUUCCCUCUCACGGUCAUGAGCUGGCACGGCUGUCAGGGACCAACAUCGCCUCGUACGGAGGAAAUGUUACCUGGCUGACAUACAGUCAUCUCACCUCCACCCUGAUUCUGGCAGCACAGACAGUCUACCGAGCCUUCUACAACACCUGCAGCGAAAUCAUGGCUACGCACAAAGUGAAGAAUUUGUAUGCAAAUUUGGACGCCCUCGAGGCUGCGGCAAAGUCACUCAUUCCUCCAAUCAAGAAUCUGCAUGACUGGGUGCAAGAUGUGCCCAUCGCGAUGAAGACCAAACGAAAAGAUGCAGGGGAGCCCUUCUCGACCGAUCGGUCGGCCCUAGAGCUGGAACGGUUUGCACCAAUGUGGUUACAGCGACAAAGAAUCCUGCUGGAGCUGUUGUAUCACAAUCAGUGUAUGAAUUUCUACCGGCCGUUCAUAACUUUCCCAUCCACCGCCCAUCUUAGCGUUGCCGAAGCAUCUAUUGUGUCGCCCUCUACUAGCACGCCUACGGCCGAAGACCACGCCGUCUCAUGUCUCAACCAUGCCAUGACGAUCACACAGAUUUUGCGCCAAAUACUCACCAGAACCGACAUUCUCAGUGGCUGGUACGAGGCCUACCAAUGGCAGUGGAACGCCACCCUGGCACUGGUCGGAUUCUUGCUGGCAUUUCCACUGCACCCGGCUACCCAGUCGGCCCGUACAUCCAUAGAUGUUGCCGUUGCGGUGCUGGAGAUGUUUGGAAGGAAUUUUGCGGUCGCCGCCAGCGCCGCCAAUGUUGCGCGAGGAUUGACCGCGAAAGCAGACAUCCUCAUCGCCCGCUUCACCACGAUGCCUGUUUCAGACCCGGGGGUAGUUGAUAAUCUAGUGCUGCCGGACUCGCCGUCAGCCAUGUUUCCAAAUACGCUGGCUGGUGCCAUGGGGCUGACUUAUGAUGUGGAUUCGUUUUACAGCUUUGAGCCUCUCUACGCGGGAUCGCAAGAUUUUGCCAACGCGUGGGUGUUCGGUCAGGAUUAA